AUGUUCUCAAAAUGUAGAACUGACGCGUUUAGGAAGAUGUCUAUGAAAUGUUUCGCCCUUAGUUAUAAUAUAAAAAAGGAAGAAAGAUUGUUGGAGAUGCACAAGUCCAAUUUCGUAGAAAACGGCACUAAUAUUAAUUUUCGUUCAUCAGUGAAGGCGAGCGAAGCAAACUCCACAGAAAGUCUGAAGUCCGGCUUUAGCCGGACGUUCAGACUGGUAUAUAAUAACGAGCUUAGUCCGGCGAUUUCCGAUAAGUCAACAAUUAAUUUCCUGGCUAUUAUCACUAGUGACAUUAACGUUCCUAACAUCAUCUGA